AUGGAGCCCUCAUCACCCCAGGAUGAGGGUCUGAAGAAGAAACAGCCCAAGAAGCCUGUUCCUGAGAUUCUGCCGAGGCCACCCCGGGCCUUGUUCUGUCUGACCCUCCAGAACCCUCUGAGGAAGGCCUGCAUCAGCAUCGUGGAAUGGAAACCGUUUGAGAUGAUCAUCUUGCUCACCAUAUUUGCCAACUGUGUGGCCCUGGCUGUCUACUUGCCCAUGCCUGAAGAUGACAACAACUCUCUGAACCUGGGCCUGGAGAAGCUCGAGUAUUUCUUCCUCAUCGUGUUCUCCAUUGAAGCUGCCAUGAAGAUCAUCGCCUAUGGCUUCCUAUUCCACCAGGACGCCUAUCUGAGAAGCGGCUGGAAUGUGCUAGACUUCAUCAUCGUCUUCCUGGGGGUCUUCACUGUGAUUCUGGAGCAGAUUAACGUCAUUCAAAGCAACUCAACCCCACUGGGCAGCAAAGGAGCUGGCUUGGAUGUCAAGGCCCUGAGGGCCUUCCGCGUGCUUAGACCCCUCCGACUGGUGUCAGGGGUGCCCAGCCUGCAGGUGGUCCUCAACUCCAUCUUCCAGGCCAUGAUCCCCCUGUUCCACAUCGCCCUACUUGUCCUCUUUAUGCUCAUCAUCUAUGCCAUCAUCGGCCUGGAGCUCUUCAAGGGCAAGAUGCACAAGACCUGCUAUUUCAUUGGAACAGAUAUCAUGGCCACGGUGGAGAAUGAGAAGCCCUCGCCCUGUGCCAGGUCAGGCCAGGGGCGCCGCUGCACUAUCAACGGCAGUGAGUGCCGGAGCGGCUGGCCGGGACCCAACUACGGCAUCACUCACUUCGACAACUUUGGCUUCUCCAUGCUCACCGUAUACCAGUGCAUCACUAUGGAGGGGUGGACCGACGUGCUUUACUGGGUCAAUGAUGCCAUUGGGAAUGAGUGGCCCUGGAUCUACUUCCUCACCCUCAUUCUGCUGGGAUCCUUCUUCAUCCUCAACCUGGUGCUGGGUAUCCUGAGUGGGGAAUUCACCAAGGAGCGGGAGAAGGCCAAGUCCAGAGGAACCUUCCAGAAGCUUCGGGAGAAACAACAGCUGGAGGAGGACCUUCGAGGCUACAUGAGCUGGAUUACACAGGGCGAGGUCAUGGACGUGGAGGACUUGAGAGAAGGGAAGCUCUCUUUGGAUGAAGGUGGUUCUGACACAGAGAGCCUGUAUGAAAUCGAGGGUUUGAACAAAAUCAUCCAGUUUGUCCGACACUGGAGGCAUUGGAACCGCAUCUUUCGCUGGAAGUGCCAUGAUGUGGUGAAGUCCAGGGUCUUCUACUGGCUGGUGAUCCUAAUCGUUGCCCUCAACACCCUGUCCAUUGCCUCAGAGCACCACAACCAGCCCCUUUGGUUGACUUAUUUGCAAGAUGUUGCCAACCGGGUGCUGCUGACACUCUUCACCAUCGAGAUGCUGAUGAAGAUGUACGGGCUGGGCUUACGCCAGUACUUCAUGUCCAUCUUCAACCGCUUUGACUGCUUCGUGGUCUGCAGCGGCAUCCUGGAGAUCCUGCUGGUGGAGUCAGGCGCCAUGACGCCCCUGGGCAUCUCUGUGCUCCGCUGCAUCCGCCUGCUGAGACUGUUCAAGAUCACCAAAUAUUGGACGUCCCUGAGCAACCUGGUAGCAUCCCUGCUCAAUUCCAUCCGUUCCAUUGCCUCCCUGCUGCUGCUCCUCUUCCUCUUCAUCACCAUCUUUGCCUUGCUGGGCAUGCAGCUCUUUGGGGGCAGAUACGACUUCGAGGACACAGAGGAGCGGCGCAGCAACUUCGAUAACUUCCCUCAGGCGCUCAUCAGCGUCUUCCAGGUGCUGACGGGGGAAGACUGGACCUCAAUGAUGUACAAUGGGAUCAUGGCCUAUGGUGGGCCAUCCUACCCUGGCAUGCUUGUUUGCAUUUAUUUCAUCAUCCUUUUCGUCUGUGGCAACUACAUCCUGCUCAACGUCUUCCUGGCCAUUGCUGUGGACAACCUAGCAGAGGCGGAGACCCUGACUUCUGCCCAGAAGGCCAAGGCUGAGGAGAGAAAACGCAGGAAGAUGUCCAGGGGUCUCCCAGACAAGUCAGAGGAAGAGAAGUCAAUAUUGGCCAAGAAGCUGGAACAAAAACCCAAGGGUGAAGGCAUCCCCACCACUGCCAAGCUGAAAAUUGAUGAGUUUGAAUCUAACGUUAAUGAGGUGAAGGAUCCUUAUCCCUCGGCUGACUUCCCAGGGGAUGAUGAGGAAGAUGAGCCUGAGAUCCCAGUGAGCCCCCGACCACGCCCCCUGGCUGAGCUGCAGCUGAAAGAGAAGGCAGUGCCCAUUCCAGAAGCCAGCUCCUUCUUCAUCUUCAGCCCCACCAAUAAGCUCCGUGUCCUAUGUCACCGCACUGUCAACGCCACGUGGUUCACCAACUUCAUCCUGCUCUUCAUCCUGCUCAGCAGUGCUGCGCUAGCUGCUGAGGACCCCAUCAGGGCAAAGUCUGUCAGGAACCAGAUUCUUGAGUAUUUUGACAUUGUGUUCACCUCUGUCUUCACUGUGGAGAUUGUCCUCAAGAUGAUAACUUUCGGUGCCAUCCUGCACAAGGGCUCUUUCUGCCGGAACUACUUCAACAUCCUGGACCUGCUGGUGGUGGCUGUGUCCCUCAUCUCCAUGGGACUUGAGUCCAGCACCAUCUCUGUGGUGAAGAUCUUGAGGGUGCUGAGGGUGCUCCGACCCCUCCGAGCCAUCAACAGAGCCAAAGGGCUGAAGCACGUGGUGCAAUGUGUGUUUGUGGCCAUCAGCACCAUUGGGAACAUCGUCCUGGUCACUACCCUCCUGCAGUUCAUAUUUGCCUGUGUUGGUGUCCAGCUCUUCAAGGGGAAGUUCUUCAGCUGCAAUGACUUAUCCAAGAUGACAGAAGAAGAAUGCAGGGGCUACUACUACGUAUACAAAGAUGGGGACCCCACACAGAUGGAGCUGCGUCCCCGGCAGUGGAUACAUAACGAGUUUCACUUUGACAACGUGCUCUCGGCCAUGAUGUCACUCUUCACAGUCUCCACCUUCGAAGGAUGGCCUCAGUUACUGUACAAGGCCAUAGACUCCAACAAGGAGGACACGGGCCCCAUCUACAACAACCGAGUGGAGAUAGCCAUCUUCUUCAUCAUCUACAUCAUCCUCAUCGCUUUCUUCAUGAUGAAUAUCUUUGUGGGCUUUGUUAUUGUCACCUUCCAGGAGCAGGGACAGACUGAGUACAAGAACUGUGAGCUAGACAAGAAUCAGCGCCAGUGUGUACAGUAUGCCCUGAAAGCCCGCCCACUGAGAUGCUACAUCCCCAAAAAUCCAUACCAGUACAAGGUGUGGUACGUUGUCACCUCCUCCUACUUCGAAUACCUGAUGUUUGCACUCAUCAUGCUCAACACCAUCUGCCUGGGUAUGCAGCAUUACAACCAAUCAGAGCAGAUGAACCACAUUUCAGAUAUCCUCAACGUGGCCUUCACCAUUAUCUUCACCUUGGAGAUGAUCCUCAAGCUCAUGGCAUUCAAGGCCAGGGGUUAUUUUGGAGACCCCUGGAAUGUGUUUGACUUCUUGAUUGUCAUUGGCAGCAUCAUUGAUGUUAUCCUCAGUGAAAUUGAUACUUUCCUGGCCUCCAGCGGGGGACUAUAUUGCCUGGGUGGAGGCUGCGGGAACGUUGACCCAGAUGAGAGUGCCCGAAUCUCCAGCGCCUUCUUCCGCCUGUUCCGGGUCAUGAGGCUGAUCAAGCUGCUGAGCCGGGCAGAGGGGGUGCGCACCCUGCUGUGGACCUUCAUCAAGUCCUUUCAGGCCCUGCCUUACGUGGCUCUGCUCAUUGUCAUGCUGUUCUUCAUCUAUGCUGUCAUUGGCAUGCAGAUGUUCGGAAAGAUCGCCAUGGUGGAUGGGACCCAAAUAAACCGGAACAACAACUUCCAGACCUUCCCACAAGCUGUGUUGCUGCUCUUCAGGUGUGCAACAGGGGAGGCCUGGCAGGAGAUUCUGCUGGCCAGCAGCUACGGGAAGUUGUGUGACCCAGAGUCAGACUACAUCCCCGGCGAGGAGUACACAUGCGGCACCAACUUCGCCUAUUACUACUUCAUCAGUUUCUACAUGCUCUGCGCCUUCCUGAUCAUCAACCUCUUUGUGGCUGUCAUCAUGGACAACUUUGACUACCUCACGCGGGACUGGUCCAUCCUGGGCCCUCACCACCUGGAUGAGUUCAAGGCCAUCUGGGCAGAGUACGACCCGGAGGCCAAGGGGAGAAUCAAACACCUGGAUGUGGUGACCCUGCUGAGGCGGAUCCAGCCCCCUCUGGGCUUUGGGAAGUUCUGCCCACACCGGGUAGCAUGUAAGCGGCUAGUGGGUAUGAACAUGCCCUUGAAUAGUGACGGCACAGUCACCUUCAAUGCCACACUCUUCGCCCUGGUUCGCACGGCACUCAAGAUCAAGACAGAAGGUAACUUUGAGCAGGCCAAUGAGGAGCUGAGGGCCAUCAUCAAGAAGAUCUGGAAGAGAACCAGCAUGAAGCUACUGGAUCAGGUCAUUCCUCCAAUAGGAGAUGAUGAGGUGACCGUGGGAAAGUUCUAUGCCACCUUUCUUAUCCAAGAGCACUUCCGGAAGUUUAUGAAGCGCCAGGAGGAAUAUUAUGGGUAUCGGCCCAAGAAGGAUGCAGUACAGAUCCAGGCUGGACUGCGGACCAUUGAGGAAGAGGCAGCCCCUGAGAUCCACCGCACUAUUUCAGGAGACCUGACUGCUGAGGAGGAGCUAGAGAGAGCCAUGGUGGAGGCGGCGAUGGAGGAGGGGAUAUUCCGGAGGACUGGAGGCCUGUUUGGUCAGGUAGACAACUUCCUGGAAAGGACCAACUCCCUGCCCCCCGUCAUGGCCAACCAGAGACCCCUCCAGUUUGCUGAGAUAGAGAUGGAGGAACUGGAAUCACCUGUCUUCUUAGAGGACUUCCCUCAAGACCCAAGCACCAACCCUCUUGCUCGUGCCAAUACCAACAAUGCCAACGCCAACACUGUCAACAACAACCAUAACAACACCCAGGCAUUUUCCAGUGUCCACUAUGAAAGGGAGUUCCCUGGAGAAAGAGAGAUGCCUGCAGCCAGAGGAGGAGCCUUUGAUCAACCCCACCAGGCCCCAGGACCCCACAGCAAGUCCUCUGCAGAGAAGCUAAAGGGACAGAUGACCCACCGGGUAAUGCCCAGAGGCCAGGCCCUUCCUGUCCCCUGCCAGAGCCCCAAAGUAAAGUGUCCCAUGCCUGAGGAGAGGGAGAGUUCCACUCUGGGAUCUCAGCCAGAGGAAAUACCCCACAGGGGUAUGACCGAGAAGAGUACUUCCGGGCACCCCACUCCAGCUACUGCCGUGCUGAUCCAAGAGGCUCUGGUUCGAGGGGGCCUGGACACCUUGGCAGAUGAUGCUGGCUUCGUCAUGGCAACAGGUCAAGCCCUGGCAGAUGCCUGCCAGAUGGAACCAGAGGAAGUAGAGGUGGCAGCAACAGAGCUACUAAAAGGUCGAGAGUUUCCAGAGGGCUUGGCCUGUGCCCUGGGCAGCCUGGACCAGCAUCAGGGAUCCCAGGAGACUUUUAUUCCUCCCAAGCUGUAA